GUUUGAGAAUUAAAAUAAACUAUAGGUUUUAUGUAUCUCACUGUUUUAAACCUGGCCAUAUUUUGCGGAAGGAUAUUAAAAUUCCGGAAGUUGUCAAUACUCGAAUCAACAGUGGAGGAGGUCUGUCCAUUGCGGCGAUCGUCUGCGUAUUUUGACGGAAAAUGGAGCCUGAUGUUAUUCCCGUAACAGCAUUUUUUGAAGAAGAACCUUAUAGGACAUCGUUGAAAGUUUUGCGGAUCACCGACAAUGUUCGGGACUUACAGACAAAUUUAAGAGACAAGUCAACAUCAAGAAGUGACUUCAUAUUUUAUGCUGACAGAUUGAUACGUUUGGUAGUUGAGGAGGGCCUGAACCAGUUGCCUUACAAGGAAUGUGUUAUCACAACACCAACAGGUCAUGCAUACCUGGGGUUGCGAUAUGAGAAAGGGAACUGUGGAGUCAGCAUCAUGAGAAGUGGUGAAGCUAUGGAGCAAGGUCUUCGGGACUGUUGCAGAUCCAUACGACUUGGCAAAAUUCUGAUUCAUAGUGAUGAGGAUACUCAUGAAGCAAAACGUGUCUAUGCCAAGGUUCCAGUGGACAUUUACAAGAGAAAAGUUUUAUUGAUGUAUCCAAUUAUGAAUACUGGCAAUACAGUUGUAAAAGCAGUGAGUGUGCUUCAGGAACAUAAUGCUAAAGAACAAAAUAUAAUUUUGCUGAAUCUCUUCUGCACACCUCAAGCUGUAAAACAAAUUCUCACAAAGUUUCCUGGCUUAACAAUCGUGACGACUGAGGUGCAUCCUGUGACACCCAACCACUUUGGACAGAAGUAUUUUGGCACAGACUAGAGUAUGUGAACUUUGUGCCUUCUGUUUAUUGCAUUUUAUUUCUGUUGUUACAAGAAUUUUCUUUCACUCACACAAAAGGAGAAAUAUUCAUAAUCAAGGAUGGAAGUUGGCAACAGCAAAUUUUUCAUUUCAUUUGUGAGGCAUUUUUUUUCAAAUAGUAUAGUAUUAUUGUUUGAUUGGUACAUAAGAAUUUUGGUCAGGUUUGAAACUUUUUCCGUUGAAGGGUGUGUAACAAGCUUUUUUAGAUUCUUUAACCUGUAGAAAUAGUGGGAUGUGGGAUAAAAUUUUAUGUGGUUUUUUUUUUUUUUUAAGAUAAAGAAAAUUAUUAUUUUUGGGGACGAGGUUGGGAAAGCUCAUGUUGACCAGUUUUAUUCUUGCUUAUGUCUUGUAAUUGCAGUGAUAGUAGCAUUGACAUUUGUUGUGAGAUGGUUAGUGUAUUCAUGCCUCCAGUUUAAGUUAACAUUUUCUUGGCAGUUACUGGUUUUUUCAGUCAUGUAUACAAAGAACAUUGGUUGGUACAUCAGUUCAGUAAAAUAAAGCAACAUCAGCUUAAGUUGCAAAAGAUUGUUGAUCUCAUGAAAAACUGCUUUGCCGUUUGUUCUCUAAGUGUCAGGAAGGGUCUUAGGCUCAAAUCUCACUUGUCGCACGUAAUUUCUCUCUGGCACCUGAUUUACAUGCCUGGUUUUAGCUUGCCAUGAUGUACAUUUGUGGCUGUUUCAACGUACUCAAUGAGCAGUCAUUUCCAUUUCCCUUGAUGGCAUGGGCUCAAAGCCAUAAAAAUACCAUUUGAAAGGUAUUACAUGUCUUAAGCUCAUCAUGAUACAGUAUUUGUAGUAAAUAUGAGGAAAAAAAUGUCUGAAUGAUGGGUAUGGGCAUGAGUAUAGAAGUAAUGCCAGUGUUAAAUAAUUUUUAGUCAAACUGGUAUAAAUUGCUUAACCAGGAAUGAUAAAUGCUGACGGUUGCUCUGUCCACCUUACUUUCCAACCACUUUCCCAGUAGUAAAUGUUCUGCAGGAACAAAAUAAUGUCAGUGCAUUUGUUAAUUUACUGCUUAUUAUUAGGGCAUAAAAGUGUAAGAAAUAACAUUUUAAACUUGUAGUAGGCCAGUAGUAAAUGGACAGUUACAAGGAAACAUUUGGUUGUGUGUGCAGAUAGCACAUGAAAGUUUGUGUAUAUUCCAGUGUUAUAAGUUGCGCCUCACUUUUUCUGUCAGACUGUUCUGCUUUCAAGCAAGCCCUAUAAUAAAACUAUUGAUAAUCUAUUUUACUUGCUUUUUUUUUAAAGAUUGUAGUAAACUUGUGUGACAUUACUUUCUGUUGUCAACUUUUCAGAUUUUUUUCUUUCCUUUCCCACUUUAUCUGUAUAACUUGAUUUAUGAAGAAAUUAUGAACAAUGUCUUCCCAUUUUAUGUAUCAGCUAUUUAUGGUUCCAUUGGUUUAUUCUGGUUGUUAUUUUACAUCACAGUAAAUUUACAGGCCCAGCUAGUUGAACAGAAACAGAAAGUGUUUAAUAACAUCUGACUUUUGAAAUUACGGGCUAGCGUUGAAAAUAAAAAAAGCAUAGAAACUCUCUAAGCAUGGUGCUUUGCAUUAUAAUUUUUGUAUGUAAAUAUAUUUUUGCCAUGGUCAUACUUGUGGGACCUCAUGGCACAUAUAAAUUUUGUUGUUAAAAGUAGCAGUUGUGGGAAUUUUAGUUGCAUUUAUUUUAUUACCUGAAAAAAUUGAGUCUUAUGACAUUUUAGGUAGUCAUAAAUUAUAUUAUCAUGAUUAUGUAUUGCUGCAUUUUGGAUCUUAGCACUUACAUGUUUUUAACACAACUGUUCCUGUUGAAGUAGGUGAGGAUAUUUUUGCGACUUUUUGAUCAUAUAUAUUUAUUUAAAAAUAAAAUCAUACUUUUUUCGUAAUGUUCGUUUUAUGAGCUGUUUAUUCAUUUUGUCUCUUCAAAUUUUUCUGGUGUGAAAUACAAGAUCAUAUUGAUUGGCCAGUUGCAUGCUUAUAACCAUUCGAUAAAUUGUUUUUUGACAUUUUGCGUAGUGGCUUGGGAACUGACAUACAAGCAAAACUCUGUUUUACUUUAUGUGGAAAGAAAACAACAUUCUGGUGUCCUCCUGUCACUACAGAUGAAGAUAAAAGAAAUACAAGCCUUUCGAUUAAUUAGACAGUAUGUUUUUGUUUAUAAAGUGCUGAGUAGCUCAUAAGACUUUGGAUUGGCUAUUGCGAUUCCUCCAGUCUCAAAGUGAUACCUACAUUAUUUUUAUGUUUUUUUGGUUGUUUUUCUGUUAGUAACCCAUGUUUUGGCGUUUUGUGUGGUACAUUAUUUCAUCUCUCACAUGCUUGUUUAUUUUGUGCAUGAAGUCAUUUGUUACUUUGUCAAAACAAUCCAAAAUGGUGUUUUCAGUAAUAUACACAGAAAUUUCGCACGUACCACAGAACUGGGGACUUAAAACACAUUCGGCACUCAGGAAAUUACAAGAUCUUAUUAAAAUCUCAACCACGACUUUUUCUUAUGUGGCAUUUGAAACUGAAUACUAGUUGCAUUUCUGAUAGUUUACAGGUGUGCCAUUGUUAUUAACUGAUUCAUUGUGCAAAGACAUCCAUUAACAAUCAGUAAUAAAAAUUCAUAAGUUUAUUUUUUUCCAAAUCACAUAUUUUUCCUUGCAUGUAUUAAGCCCUGUUCUUUCAAGUACAUUUUAACUAGGUUCACAGCAGUCAGAUGCAAAAUCUAUUUCUUAAUUACUAAGCUAGCAUCAUAUUUGCUGCCCUUCAUCAUAUAAAUGCAUGUUAAUUGAACAUUUGUGUGUUAAUUAUGAGAUAAAAUGUAUAAUAAAAAAAGACUUCUAGAUAUAUUAAAUAAAAUCCAUUCAUAAUUUAAACCAUAAAAUUUGUAUUAAUUUAUGUUGAAUUGUAUUCAAGUAAUAUUUACUGGAGUGUAAAGUGAGUUGUAUCCUUCGUCCAGUGUAUUGGCAACAGUGAAAAUCAUGAAACUAUGAGAGUAUAUAAUAAUUAACUUUUAAGGCUGGCCAUGACAAUAUUGCCUUCAUCUCUCAGAUGCACAGUAUUUAACUAGAUUAACAUUAUUUUCAAUGUCUGUUUUAUUCAUACCAUUAUGCCCCUAGUGCUCAUUACAUCUUGUUUUUCCGCAGAGAAGUUGGAGAAACUUUCGACUAUAAGUAGACUGCAUUUCUGGCAAGAAAGAAAUAGAAAUCUAUCUUCUAUUAUAUCUUUUCAACAGAAGAUUAUAGCAGUGUUUAACAAAAGCAUGUGAAUUUGCAACUCAUGAAGGAUAAUGGCAAGUUGAAAGUAUUAGAUUUGUGCUGAUGCUCCCCAUGGCUUGUCAACUCAGACUUGUAGUUUUUAAAUAGGCAUUCUGCAGAUUAUCCUAUAAGCUUAAAAAAAAGACAAAAAAAACAUUCACACCUAUUUGAUCUGUUCUAUGGUUGGAACUGUGGUGUGGAUAGGAGCAUUUGCUGUCUUGAUAGUUUUUCAGAUGAAUCAAUCAAGCGGGGAGCAACUGUUGGCUUAUAUCUUUCUCAUCCCAUGUCUUCAUGUUGUGUGUUUGUCAUUCUUUGUAAAGUGCCAUGAGGUUGCCCAUAGGGCCCUGGGAUGUGUUUCUAUAUAAGUUCACUUUAUUUCUGCCAUGGAGAAAUUGGUCGUUUCAUCCUGCAACGAAAGGAACCAUUUUGUCUCUACAAAAAAUGGUCUUUUAUUACAAAUUGAGAUUUGAACAGACGUAUUGGGAGGGGGGGGUCUAAAACCACUGGAAAUGUGUUUUAUUAGGUUUCUUAGCUUUGAUACUUUGUCAUUCUGCUUUUUUUUUUCAAAUUCAUUGGGGGUUUUAUUUUUAAAGUUUAACUUCAAAACAAAAUUUGACAGAAAUAAAUGGAAUGUGCUUUGGAAUACUUUGACCUUGACCUGUAGUUUAGAAUAUGUUGGUAGUUAAGGCUAUUAGCAGAUAUAUCAUCUGUGUUUAGCUUAAAUAAUUUAAAAACAUUAAGAAGAAAGAAUUGCCUUGUAAAACAGCAGAGAAAAAUUAGUUUUUGAAUGUGAGAUCUGGCUACAGACAGCUGGUAUAACCUAGGUUGCACUUUUUAUUGCAGUUGAUCGUAUACUUGUUUUUUGGAUGCUGGGACAACUGUCAUGUCAUAUAUCUUAGCAUUUUGUUUUUAAAGUGUCUGUGAUGAGUGUUAUGGCUUUUGUUUCUUCCAACAGUCAGGGACCACUAAAGGAAAAAAAAAUUGCAUUGUCUAUCACUUUUCCCUUUAAUGCAUUUAAAAUGUAAAUUCAGAAACGCUUGUCAGUUCUUGUUUAUUGUUGGUUUCUUGCACAGGCCACACCUUGUGUUCCAGAAAUCUUUCUUCUCUCAGGUACUCCAUCAUUGCCUCACACUUGGUGCAUUAUAACUCCAAUUGUGUAAUGAUGUUUUGAGCACCCCCAAAUAAAAUAUUUUCUUAGUGA